AUGACAUCAUCAUCACCUUACAAUGCAGCUUCGCUUUUUGGGGUCAAAGACCUUGUAGCUGUCGUCACUGGCGGUGGUUCUGGCCUUGGUGCCAUUACCACGCAUGCAUUGGUAGCCAAUGGCGCCAAGGCAGUGUACAUACUUGGUCGACGGGAAGAGGCCCUGCUCGCAACCAAGAAGAAUGCAUCCAAUACGGAUGUGGUUCACACCAUUGUUUGCGACGUCACUUCCAAAGACUGUCUUACUGCCGCAACAAACCUGGUACGCGAGGAAACUGGCUAUAUCAAUGUGCUCUAUGCCAACAGUGGCGUGAUCAAGGCGGCCCCGGCACCUUUUGACGCCAGCGACGACAUCAAGAGCCUCCAACAAAAGUUAUGGAAGCCCGAUAUGGAGGAUUUCACCAACACUUUGCAUGUGAACGUCACUGGCGCAUUCUACACAGCUAUUGCCUUUCUUGACCUGUUGGACGAGGGAAAUAAGCGAGCCAUCGUGGCAGAAAAGUCUCAGAUUAUUCUGACUUCAUCCAUUGCUAGUUUCUCGCGCAUGCCCCUCGCUGGCUUUGCCUACAGCACCAGCAAAGCAGCCAUUACUGAGCUAACCAAGCAGCUGUCAUCCACAUUGGCGCAGUAUAAAAUCCGAGUCAAUGCUAUUGCUCCAGGGCUCUUCCCUAGUGAGAUGACCCAGGACAUGCCAUACAUAUAUGAAAACCGAAAAAGACCCAAGGGAAGAGGGCGCCCUAAUUUCAAGCAUGGUGCCACUAGAGAGAAUCGGAACUGA